GCUAGUUCUCAAAACUUUUAAAAAAUUCAACCUUUUUCACCAUUUAUUCACUUAUUUAACCUAUUUUCAUUCAUUCAACCAAAACUCAAACACAUACUUUCCAAAUCCAAUCCAUUCUUCAAACUAAAAAUCACCAUGUCUUUCAUAUCGAGCAUCCAUACAUACACCAUUGCUUAGCGAUGACGACAGUGAUGACGAGCUCAUGGCUAUCAUGAAAGAUUGAGUGGAGCUCAAUGAGGCCGAACCGUCCCAGAAUUUAACUCGGGAACCGGUUUAUAGAGGUCGGUAUGGGACUUAUGACCGACUCAUGAUAGAUUAUUUCAUUGAAGACUCAACGUUUGCGCCGCACCAUUUUAGGCGGCAUUUUCGAUUGUCAAAGAACUUGUUCAUGCGCUUCAUUUGCGAUAUACAAAGCUACUUUUUGUCUCCAAAACCAAAGCAUUUUACCCGUAUGGAAGACUUACGUGUCGACGCAAGAAAAAGGGUUGGUUUUACUACCAUCCAUAAAUGUCUAUCUGCCAUACGACAACUAGCGUAUGGCAAAUGUCCGGACUUACUUGAUGAAUAUUUUCAUAUGGGGGAGCAAACAACUAGAAUAUGUCUUGAAGAUUUUUGUAAGUGUGUUUUUGAGCUUUAUGCAGCCGAGUAUUUGUGAAAACCCACGCCUGGUGACAUACAACGUUUGCUAAGCAAACACGAAGAACUUCAUGGGUUUCCGGGGAUGUUAGGAAGCAUCGAUUGUAUGCAUUGGCCAUGGAAAAACUGUCCAAAAUCAUGGCAAGGGCAAUAUACUCGUGGUGAUACCUGACGUCCAACCAUCAUGCUUGAAGCGGUUGCAUCUUAUGAUUUAUGGAUAUGGCAUGCAUGUUUUGGCGCUGCAGGAUCUAACAACGACAUAAACGUCCCAAAUCAGUCAAAUUUGUUUAGGGAAAUAAUUGAGGAUACGGCUCCUGAUACUUCAUUUAGCGUUAACGGGACCGAGUAUAAGAAGGCAUACUACCUUGCUGACGGCAUUUAUCCAGAGUGGUCUAUGUUUGUGAAGUCGUUCUCAUGCCCACAAGACGAGAAAAGGAAAAAGUUUAAGAAGUACCAAGAAAGUGCUCGAAAAGAUGUUGAGCGGGCAUUCGGAGUUCUUCGAGGUCGUUAGGAGAUACUUCAGGCACCGGCAAAAGCCAUGAGUGUUAAUAAGAUUCGCCAAACUAUGUAUGUGUGUGUUAUAUUGCAUAACAUGAUUGUUGAGGAUUCGGGAAAUGCCAUAACCUCUUUCGAAGAGGAUUUCAUUAAUAAGCCACGUAACUUACCACAGCGAACAUUCGAGGAGAGGCUAAAGUUGCAUGAGCGGGCCAUCAAGAAACUUUGAGACCGACACGUCCACCAUUCUCUACGUCAUGAUCUCGUCGAGCAUAUUUGGAGUCUUCCGUAAGCCUUGUUGCGUUUAAGUCAUUUGUAGGAUUGUUUUUUAUUUUAAAUGCAUUUUAAUGGUUUUUUUUUAUGUAUGCUACUCGUUUUUUAUUAA